UUCCAAGUAGACUACAAUACCCAUGCAAGUGCACUACAUUACCCAUACACUUCCUGGUCAAGGUCUAUAAGUAGACCUCACUUCCUUUCAUUGUUUCUCUUCCUUUGGUAAGGUGUGGGUGUUUGAAUGGACACCCAACCAUGUCCUUUGAGUCCUUUCCUUAAGAUGUGUUAAUGACUUAAGACCAUCUUGUACAUCCUGUACAUCUUGUACAUGUUGCCCAUCCAGUUCAUCCUGAAUAAUCAUCUUGAACUUAAAAUAAAAGAUAGCAAAGGACUGGUAUCUCUCCGGUGUUUUAAUCAGACACACCAUCAAGUUUCUACACCUCCGAUGAACUUUGGAUAUAUUAACAUCUGAUAUCCUACAAAUGGUCCUUCGAGCCGGAACGUAGAAAUUUGCUGGAAUGGAUUACCACUCAAGACCUGCAAUCCGGCGCAGCCUAAGAAGGAGAAGACCUCCUGCCCGUUUUGCUGACUGUAUGGUGAGAGAAUGUGCUCCCCUUCCUCCUUCCUCACCAACAUUAGUUGUAAGUGAUCAUCACCAAACCCAGUAUGGAAAUCCAUCUUCAAGACCUGGCCCAUGUUUAUCUGCUCACCAACCGUCUCAACAUGAUUUAAUCGAUAUGGAUGUUAAACAAGAAAUACUUGGACUUAAGGGUAUGCUUGGUGAGAUGAUGUCUAAAAUGUCACAGUUAGUAGUUUCCUCUAAACGUUCUGAAUUUUCUGAGUCUUUUGAUGAUGCUUCUGAUGAUGAUAAUGCAUUUGCUACUACAUCUAUUGUUCAGGAAUUGUCUGCAUGUAUUAAGAAUGCUGAACAGAAACGUACAUGUGAGAAAUGUAAUUCCUCAACUGUUCUUUCACCACCUCCAUUGAGUAGGCCUAGUUCUCUACCUCUUCCUCCUUCCUCAUUGUUACGUAGUCCACCCCAACAUAUGCACACAGACGAUAGAACUUUACAAUUACAAUCAAGUAAUAUGUUACAACCUUCUAUUGUUCCAUUGAUUCCUAAGCCUCUUAACUGUCAUUCCCUUCAAGUGCAAACAUCGCCAGUGUUGGUACAAACAAUUGGUUCACCACAGCCAGGUAUAUCAUGUAGUCCCUUUUUCCCUUCGACGGCUCAUACUCAGUUAUCCUCACAAGUAACAUCAGCACAGUUACCUCCUCAGCCACUGUAUGCUGUUUCGCAGUAUUCACAGCCGUUAGGACCAUCUUCUAGUUUGGCAAUUCCUCAUGUAUCCUCAGCUAAUGUAAGUCCUCAUGUUCAACCACAGUCUGUAGGUCAGGAAGGGAAUUUGGUUGUACACAAUCCUGCUUCCUAUAGUCAACCAAUUGCUCCCACUACCCAGAUGAACACAAUUCCAUUCCUUCAUCCGUAUCCAUAUUCUCAGCCAUAUGUUUCAUAUCCUGUUUCUUCCUAUCCUUCUUCUCGUGUUCAGGGACCUUCUUUUCCUUUCUUAGUGAAUGACGACCCCCAAGAAUUUGCAAUGUUGCAGUUAGCCUUGACAAAUUUGUUGUCAUCCCAUGAACCAGAACAUUACAAAUUCCAUAUCUUGCUGGAUCAUUUAAAAUUUUCACAAGCUCGUGAUCUAGCUUUAGCUUAUGCUAAUGAUCCUAGGCCUUACAGCAUGGCUCUUUUUGCACUACAGCAGAAAUAUGGGCAACCUCACCAACUAGUUUUGAGAGAAAUCAAAGCCAUCCUAGCUCUCCCCAGGGUGAGACCAGGUGACAGCAGAGCAUUUAGUAGUUUCGCACUGAAGGUUCGAGCCUUGGUUGGCAUGCUCCAAUCUUUGGGCCAAGGCCAAGUUAAAUCUGAAUUAUCCUGCGCUUCUCAUGUACAGCAACUACUCGGUAAACUGCCCACAGAGCAUGUGACCAACUUUGCCCGUUAUGCCCGUACAAUCCUAAAAGGUCAAAGCUACAAUCUUAUUACCUUUUCCGCCUGGCUCCAAGAAGAGGCUGAGUGUCAAGCAAUGGCAGAUCAGGUUAGUGACUUUCCAAAACCACUCUUGAGUAAACCUCAACCAAAGACCUAUGUUAACACACGAACAGUCUUGUACGGAGUCAACGGUAAUUCUGUUGAUCCAAGAUCCACAGCUAAGCAACCCCAGAAUAUGAGAGAGGGAGAAUGGAGUUCCAAGUAUUCAUGCGCAUAUUGUUCCAGUAGAGAACAUUUCAUUGGCCUGUGCACUUCUUUUAAAUCCUUAGAUGACAGCAGGAAGGAUGCAUGGCUUAGAGAGAACAAAAGAUGUUGGAGAUGUGGGCUUAAACACCUAGCCGUCAACUGUGACUUAAAGAAGCCUUGUCCACAGUGCAAAGGCAGACAUCUUGGUAUUCUUCAUGGAGUUAAUUGUCGCGACCAGGAUAAUGGUACAUUUUAUCUUAGUCGCCUUGGAGGUUCUGGGUAGGUACUGCUUAAAGUUGUUGAAGUACUUCUCCAUAACAAAGGUAGAUCCUUGAAAACCUAUGCCAUCCUGGAUGAUGGAUCAGAACGCACCAUGUUGCUACCUCAAGCAUCCGAGUAUUUGGGCCUCAAUGGUGUAACUGAGUCCCUAAUCGUCAGAACUGUACGUCAAGACACUCUCGCACUUGAAGGCUCUUCUGUAACCUUUGAGAUAUCCUCCACGGUCAAUCCAGAGAAGAAAUAUUCCAUUUCCAAUGCU